AAAUCCAAGUCAAAACAUAGAUGUUUUCUUGAGGCCAUGGAUAGAUGAGUUGCAAGUAUUGUGGACCCAGGGUGUUGUCACGAAUGAUGCAUAUAGAAAACAAAAUUUUCAAAUGAGGGCAGCAUUAUUAUGGACAAUUAAUGAUUUUCUUGCUUACGGUAUGUUGUCAGGGUGGAGUACUCAUGGACGAUUAUCAUGUCUCUAUUGCAUGGAACAUUCUAAAUCUUUCAUAUUUGAUCAUGAUAAGAAGCCUUGUUUUUGUGAUUGUCAUUGGCAAUUCUUGCGAGCCGAUCAUCCUUUUAGGAGGCAGAGGGAUAAAUUUAUUUGAAAAAGAGUUGAACAUGACUUACCAUUUCCUCGAUUAUCAAGCGAGAAAAUAUUGUCACCAUUGAAUUCGCUUCGUCAUCUCCCAUUCGGAACAAAAUGUGGUGAUAAGAAGAUUUCGGGUCAUGGUGUAAGUCAUAAUUGGGUGAAGACGAGUAUAUUUUGGGCUCUGCCUUAUUGGCAUACGCUUCUUAUUUGUCACAAUCUCAAUGUGAUGCAUAUUGAACGUCAUGUUUUCGAGAAUAUAUUCAACACAAUGAUGGAUGUUAAGGGAAAGACAGCAGACAACUUAAAGGCACCACAAGAUUUGAAGGUGUAUUGCAAGCGGCUAGAAUUGGAAUUGGUGGAAAUUAAUGAAAAAAUUUACAAGCUUAAGGCUACAUACACCUUAAAUAAGGAGGAAAUAAGAAAUGUUUGUGCUUGGGUGAAACAAUUGAGAUUACCUGAUGGUUUUGCGUCGAACAUUUCUUGGUGUGUUAAUGAGAUUGAUUACAAAUUUUAUGGGAUGAAAAGUCAUGAUUGUCAUUUUUUUUGCAACAAUUGUUGUCAAUUAUCUUCAUGAUAUGGUGCCUCACUCAAUUUGGGAUGUAAUUACUGAGAUAUCUCACUUUUUUAGGGAUUUGUGCGCAAUUGAAAUACCUGUAGAUCAUAUGGAAACUUUGCAAGGAAAGAUAUGUGAAACUAUAUGCAAACUAGAAAAGAUCUUUCCUCUCGGUUUCUUUGACUAUACAGAGCAUUUACCAAUUCAUUUACCUUACAAGGUGAAGGUUGGUGGACCCGUCCAGUAUUGAUGGAUGUAUCCAUUUGAGAGGUACUAUAAUUGUUAUUUGUUUUCAAACACUUUAUUACAAGAGUUUAAGGUCCUUUAUAAGUUUGAUGAAUAUUGUGAUUUUAGGUUUUUGCAACAUUUGAAAAAGAAAGUAAAAAUCGAGCAUCAGUUAAAGGAUCUAUAUGUGAGGCUUAUAUUAUCGAAAAAAUAUCCUCGUUUUGCUCAUGGUAUUUUGAACCUGCUGUGCGAACAAGAUUAAAUAGAGUGCCACAUAAUGAUGAUGGGGGAGACGUGGACUCUUUGGGUCGUCUUUCAAUUUUCACUCAUCUUGGACAAGCUUUUGGUCCAUUAGAUAAAUCUCGAUUCUUAGAUGAGGAUGAGUUUUAUGCUGCUGAGCUAUAUGUUUUAAUGAAUUGUGAAGAGGUGCUCCCAUAUAUAAAGAUAUUUGAUGACAUUGUCAAAGGAGAUGUUGUGCAUAUAUCAGAAGAUGAGUUGGAGAAAGUACGUGAUGUAAGAUUCGUGAAAUGGUUUAAAAAUUAUGUUGCAAAACGUAAAGAUGAAAUUGACCCACGUUUACUCGAAAUCUCUUAUGGUCCAGGACAUAUGAUAAGGUGUUACAAAGGAUACUUUGUAAAUGGUUUCAAGUUUCACACCCUAGAUUACGGUCAAAAUUGUAAGACAAUGAAUAGUGAGGUUUGCAUAAAAUGGAGUUUUUACAAUGAUCAUGAGCAUGAUUUUUAUGGUAUUUUAGUGGAUAUAAUCGAGCUGGAGUAUUUUUGUAUCAGAAACAGAGUUAUGCUAUUUAAGUGUCAUUGGUUUGACACUGAAAAAGGUAUUAAGGUAGAUCUUUUGCAUGGUCUUGUUGAAAUUAAAUACAACUCAAUACUUACCACUAAUGAACUAUUUGUUUUAGCUGCACAAGCUCACCAAAUUUAUUAUAGUAGUUAUCCAACAACUAAAAGAAAUCGAUAUGAUUGGUGGGCAGUAUUUAAAACAAAAGUUAGGAAUAGAUUUCACAUUCCUAGUGGUGGAGAUAGAGAUGAAAUUGACUUGAAUGAAAAAGGAUACCAAGAAAAUGUGUCUACUUCAAAUACUGGUACUGUAUUGGAUGAACUUGAUAACUUUACAUUUUAGCAAGUGGUGAUUAUGAAAAGAUUAAUCUCUUGAUUGAGGAUGAAGAAGAUGACAUGCAAAGAGAUGAAGAUAAAGAAGACGACAUGGAAGGAGAUGAAAAUGAAGAUGAAGAUCAAGAUCAAGAUCAAAUUGAAGAUGACGAUUGUGAAACUUUUAAUGAGGAUAGUGAUAAUAAUGAAAAAUAUGAGUUUGUUUAUUCUGGAAGUGAUUGAUGAUGGUAGGCAUAUAAGAUAUUGGUUUUAUAUUUUUUGUUAUA